AUGAGGUACCUCGUGGUGUUUCUUGCAGUCCUCACCAUCUGCCAAGGUUUUCAGGGCAUCAGGUAUGACUACAGGUACGACUACAGGUACAACUAUGAAUACAGGUACGACUACAGGUACGACUACAGGUACGACUACAGGUACAACUACAGGUACGAGUACAGGUAUGACUACAGGUACGACUACAGGUACGACUAUGAAUACAGGUACGAAUACAGGUACGAAUACAGGUAUGACUACAGGUACGACUACAGGUACGACUACAGGUAUGACUACAGGUACGAGUACAGGUAUGACUACAGGUACGACUACAGGUAUGACUACAGGUACGACUACAGUUACGACUACGAAUACAGGUACGACUAUAGGUAUGACUACAGGUACGACUACAGGUACGACUACAGGGUCCCCCUGCACAAGGGGAAGUCUUUGCGGAAAGUCCUGAAGGAGAAUGGGCUCCUGGACGACUUUCUGAGAAGACACCAGGAUGCAAUCGGCGGGAAGUACUCCAAGCUCGGGGAGGUGGCCAGAGAGGCCCUGACCAACUACCUGGAUUGCCAGUACUUUGGAAAGAUCUCCAUCGGGACCCCGCCCCAGGAGUUCACCGUGGUCUUUGACACCGGCUCCUCCGACCUCUGGGUGCCCUCUGUCUACUGUAGCAGUGAUGCCUGCCAAAACCACCACCGUUUCGACCCGUCCAAGUCCUCCACCUUCCAGAACAUGGGCCAGCCCCUGACCAUCCAGUACGGCACGGGGAGCAUGCAGGGUUUUCUGGGCUACGACACCGUCACCGUCUCUGACAUUGUGGACCCCCACCAGACGGUGGGCCUGAGCACCCAGGAGCCCGGUGAUGUCUUCACCUACUCUGAGUUUGACGGCAUCCUGGGGCUGGCCUACCCCUCCCUGGCCUCUGAGUACUCGGUGCCCGUGUUUGACAACAUGAUGAGCAGACACCUGGUGGCCCAGGACCUGUUCUCGGUUUACAUGAGCAGGGACGGCCAGGGGAGCAUGCUCACGCUGGGAGCCAUUGACUCGUCCUACUACACUGGCUCCCUGCACUGGGUGCCCGUGACGGUGCAGGAGUACUGGCAGUUCACCGUGGACAGCGUCACUGUGGACGGUGUGGUGGUGGCCUGCGAUGGUGGCUGUCAAGCCAUCCUGGACACUGGCACCUCCCUGCUGGUGGGGCCUGGCAGCGACAUUCUCAAUAUCCAGAAGGUCAUUGGAGCUACAGAGGGCCAGUAUGGCCAGUUUGACAUCAACUGCGGGAGCCUGAGCAGCAUGCCCACUGUGGUCUUCCACAUCCACGGCCGACAGUACCCACUGCCGCCCUCUGCCUACACCAACCAGGACGAGGACGCCUGCACCAGUGGCUUCCAGGGUGACAAUGGCUCCCAGCAGUGGAUCCUGGGGGACGUCUUCAUCCGGGAGUAUUUCAGCGUCUUCGACAGGGCCAACAACCGCCUGGGGCUGGCCAAGGCUAUCUGA